AUGCAACACUCGGAUGCAUCACGUUUUAAUUCCCAUAGAUUCAACAAUCUGACUGGCGAUACGGGAUUCUCUCACGGAGCUUACCAUUCCAACACGCCCAACCAGGGUUUCUCGAAUCGCAACAAUCGCCGGGCCAACAUCCCUGCGAUCAACACCGCCGCUGCGGGUCAUGCCUCGGACAUGGGGUCUGGCGCCGCCUUCGAUAUGAAUUUCACUCCCCUUCUCCCGUCGCAACUGCUGGUGGGCAGCCCCUUUCAGCCAGGGACGCCUUCAGCCUUUGCCUCACCGCAAUUUGCCAGCUUCGGAGGGUUCCCGCAGGCCACUGCCAAUGGACACUCCCAAACCCAUCAGACCCAUCAGCUUGGGAGCCCGACCCAGGGACUGCCGAGCCACGGUCUGUUCCUGUCGACCGACGUGAGCGCGGCGCAAUUGAUGGGUGGCCCCCAGUCGCCCAUCGGCGCUCUGCACCACGCGGGCUUGGGCAGCGCCGCUCUGGGUAGCCCAGCAGCCUCGGUGGCCCCCGGUUUGCUCGCGGGAACCAGUCGCACCGUGUAUCUCGGAAACAUCCCCCCGGAGACCAGCGCGGAAGAAAUCUUAAACCAUGUGCGAAGCGGACAGAUCGAGUCCGUUCGCCUGCUCCCCGACAAGAACUGCGCCUUCAUCUCUUUCCUGGACAGCAGCUCGGCCACUCACUUCCACUCGGAUGCCAUCUUGAAAAAGCUGGCCAUCAAGGGGAACGAUAUCAAGAUCGGCUGGGGAAAGCCUUCCCAAGUGCCGACCUCGGUCGCUCUCGCGGUGCAGCAAUCGGGCGCCUCCCGCAAUGUCUACCUCGGUAACUUGCCGGAAGAGACCACCGAGGAUGGCCUGCGGGAAGAAUUGAGCAAGUUUGGACCUGUGGACACCGUGAAGAUUGUCAAGGAAAAGUCGAUCGGAUUCGUGCACUUCCUUUCCAUCAGUAACGCGAUGAAGGCGGUCGCCCAGCUGCCUCAGGAGCCCGAGUGGCAGGCUCCCAAGCGCGUCUUUUAUGGCAAGGACCGAUGCGCCUACGUCUCCAAGACUCAGCAGCAAAACGCAGCGCAAUUCCUGGGUAUCGCCCCGGGCUAUGCGCACGUCUUGAACUCUGCCGAUCGUGACCUGAUCUCCAAUGCGUUGGCUCAGCAAUCGGUGGCUGCGGCGGCUGUGGCCACGACGGCGGGCGGUGUCAACAACCUCGGAAACCGAACCAUCUACCUGGGCAACAUUCAUCCCGAGACGACCAUCGAAGAGAUUUGCAAUGUGGUUCGCGGAGGCCUCCUCCACCACAUCCGAUACAUUCCCGAUAAGCACAUUUGCUUCGUUACCUUCAUCGAUCCUACUUCCGCCGCCUCGUUCUACGCGCUGAGCAAUCUACAGGGACUGAUGAUCCACAACCGUCGGCUGAAGAUCGGCUGGGGCAAGCACUCCGGUCCUCUGCCUCCGGCCAUUGCCCUUGCUGUCAGCGGUGGUGCGUCCCGCAAUGUGUAUGUCGGCAACUUGGAUGAGACCUGGACGGAGGAGCGUCUGCGUCAAGACUUUUCCGAGUACGGUGAGAUCGAGCUGGUGAACACCCUUCGCGAAAAGAGCUGCGCCUUCGUCAACUUCACCAACAUCGCCAACGCCAUCAAGGCCAUCGAGGGCAUGCGCAACCGCGAGGAAUACCGCCGGUUCAAAAUCAACUUUGGCAAGGAUCGCUGUGGAAACCCACCCCGCCAGGCCACCAACCAGGGGGGUUCCCCAUCGGGACGCAAUGGACACGGUCUGGAGGGCCCCCAGUCCCCAUCCCCUGCCUUGAAUGGAUUCCAGCAGGGGUUGAGUCAGAACGGCUCUCAAUCGAGUCCAACUCGUCCCGCUCUUUCGCCAGCUCCGGGUUCCACCGGUUCUCAGAACGGUCAGCAACAGCGCCACCCUCUGCAGACGGUGACUUCGCCCUCCAAUGUUCUCAACGCGGGCUCCAACAACCCCCUCACCAUGUACCUGAACCAGAUGUCGGUGCAGCAGGCCCAGGAGCAGAAGAACCGUCUCUCCGACUCCAUGGCGAUGGCUAGCCUUCAGGCUCAGUCUCAGGGCCCUUCCCAACAAUCCUUGUUCAAUGGAGCCGGCAAUGGCGAACUGACCAAUGGGUCCAUGGACGCGCCCAUGCGUCAUGGACACGCUCACAAGCCCUCUGGUAACGGCUAUCUGAGUGUCGCUGGCUCUGGUCACCACUCCACAGCCAGCACCAGCAACCUCAGUGUGCCGCGGGCCCAGCACUCGCGCGCCGUCAGUCUCCCCUCUUUCUCGCAGGAGCCCUUUGGUCCAGUCUCCAGCCAACCGGGGCACAUGCGCGCUAUUGCGCACCAGCCUCAGGCCAGCUUCUCGAGCUUCUCGGGUCUGGGAGGCCUGAACCACUCGGGCUUUGGCCUGGCCAUUCAAAAUGAGAACUCGCUGCCCGGAUGGGCCGAGGAAGAGAUUGGCGCAAAAUAA